GGAAAAGAGCAGCUGGGCAGCCAACAUGUAAUCAGCGGAGCCAGUGUGAUGUUGUGUAACCAGACGUUUUUUGCAUCACCAUGCCAGUAGAUGGUAGAGAGGACCAAGAGCCCUCUUCUCUCUCCAGCCCGGCCAGUGCUGCCCUCACCCCGGGAGGGACAGAGGAGGAUGGGACCAGCAGAUGCUCAGCGGUUUUCUCUAUCCCUCAAAACAACCAGGGCUCGGAGGCUGUGGCAGCCUAUCCUAUCAACAGUGGACCUGAGGAGGGCAGCAGUGGUGGCAAGAGGCCUGGAGCCUUGCUGCAGAUCAACCGGCAGCGUAUCCAAGCAGCAUCUGCCAGCUCUGGAGCUGUUGAGCUGCAGGACCUUGGGGUGGCAGUGUACGACCAGGAUGUCCUGGAGCAAGGUGUCCUGCAGCAAGUGGAUCAAGCCAUUCAGGAGGCAAAUCAAGCUGCUGCCAAGGCUGAGGCUGAGAAGGAGUACCAGUCUGUGCUGGAUGAUGUCAGGUCGGUUACAGCAGCUCUAAAGCAUAUCAACAAGAUCAUAGAGCAGCUGUCUCCCUAUGCUGCCUCCAGCAAAGACAUCAGUAGGAAGAUUGAGUCUGUGAAACGACAGAAAGAGAAUAAGGAGAAGCAGCUGAAGAAGAUAAGAGCCAAACAGAGGAGACUACAGGCCAUAUUGGGAGGGGAGGACACACUGAGGGUUGAAGCUGAGCUACUGGCAGAGGAUGAUGGGGAGGAAGAAGCAGGGCCGUCCACACUGGGCAGCAUGCUCAUGCCGGCUCAGGAGACAGAAUGGGAGGAGCUUAUCCGGACAGGUCACAUGACUCCCUUUGGAACUCGGAUCCCACAGAAGGAGGAAAAGAAGGGGCCUCGAAAAGUGAUGCUGUCUGAGAACUCUGCCUUUGACCAGUACUUGGCUGACCAGGCCAAGCUGGCGACAGAGAGGAAGAAGGUGCCUCUCCUAAAGAGGAAGAAGAGCUCUGGACUCAGCCCCAGUGGGGAGACCAAGAAGGAAAAAAACAGAGGGGUCAAAUCCAAAAAUGAUAAGAAAUUGCAGAAGCGCAUGCGGAAGCUCCAGAUAACUGCUCUGAGAGCCCACCCUAAAGCUCGGCCCAAACCUGAGCCACAGGCCCCUAAGUCCAGGCGAAAGCACCGCGAUGACGGAGAGGAGAUGGACAGUGAAGGGUCAGAGUACCUACCCAGUGACGAGUACAUUGAUCCUGACAAGGAAGACAGAGAAGCUAUGGAGGAGGGCUUUGCGGAGGAUGACAAUGAUGAAGAGUACGAAUUGAAGCCCUAUAAGAGAAAAACUGAGGGAAAAGGAAGGAAGAAGUGGAAGAAGGAGGAGGGUGAGGAGGACGACUACAGCCCUGACAGUUCAGAAGAGGAGGAGGAGGAUGAGAAGAGAGGAAAAACGAAAAAAUGCAAAGAUGAUGGAGAUGUGGAGUACUACAAACAGAGAAUAAGGAGAUGGAAGAGACAGCGUCUUCGAGAAAGGGAGGAGAAGAGAGAAAGAGAUCAGGAGGAGACAGACGACAGUGAUGCGGAGUUUGAUGAAGGAUUCAAAGUGCCUGGUUUCCUCUGGAAGAAACUUUUCAAGUACCAGCAGACAGGUGUGCGGUGGAUGUGGGAACUCCACUGUCAGCAGGCAGGCGGCAUCCUGGGAGAUGAGAUGGGAUUGGGUAAAACCAUCCAGGUCAUCAGCUUUCUGGCUGGACUGAGCUACAGCAAAGUGAGGACCAGAGGGUCCAACUACAGGUACGCGGGUCUGGGUCCCACGGUCAUUGUGUGCCCAGCUACGGUCAUGCAUCAGUGGGUGAAGGAGUUCCACACCUGGUGGCCUCCGUUCAGAGUGGCUGUUCUGCAUGAAACCGGCUCCUUCGCUAGCAACAAGGAGAAGCUGAUUCCGGAGAUAGUAGCAUGUCACGGUAUCCUGAUCACCUCGUACUCAGCAGUAAGGAUCAUGCAGGACUCCCUGCAGCGAUAUGACUGGCACUACGUUAUACUGGAUGAGGGCCACAAGAUUAGAAACCCAAAUGCUGGAGUUACCAUUGCUUGCAAACAGUUCCGCACUCCCCACAGGUUCAUCCUGUCGGGAUCUCCCAUGCAGAACAACUUGAAGGAGUUGUGGUCUCUGUUUGACUUUGUUUUUCCCGGCAAGCUGGGCACUCUGCCUGUCUUCAUGGAGCAAUUUUCUGUGCCUAUCACCAUGGGAGGCUACAGCAAUGCCUCACCUGUACAGGUCCAGACAGCAUACAAGUGUGCAUGUGUGCUGAGGGACACCAUAAACCCUUACCUGCUCAGACGGAUGAAAGCAGAUGUCAAGGCCAACCUCUCCUUGCCUGACAAAAAUGAGCAGGUUCUGUUUUGCAGAUUAACAGAGGAGCAACGGCAGGUGUAUCAGAGCUUCUUGGAUUCCAAAGAAGUGUACCAAAUACUAAAUGGUGACAUGCAGGUGUUCUCGGGUUUGAUAGCACUGCGUAAAAUCUGUAACCACCCGGACCUGUUCUCGGGCGGCCCACGGAUACUGCGGGGCAUCCCGGAGGACCAGCUGACUGAGGAGGAACACUUUGGCUACUGGAAACGCUCGGGAAAGCUGAUAGUGGUGGAGUCACUGCUGCGUCUCUGGUUCAAACAGGGCCAUAGAGUCCUGCUCUUCACUCAGUCCAGACAGAUGUUGGAGAUCUUGGAGGUGUUUGUAAGGGAAAAUAACUACUCAUACCUGAAAAUGGACGGCACCACUGCCAUAGCCUCCCGACAGCCCCUCAUCGCUCGCUACAACGAAGACAAGUCUAUAUAUAUUUUCCUGUUGACCACUAAAGUUGGAGGUCUGGGAGUCAAUCUAACUGGAGCCAACAGAGUUAUCAUCUAUGACCCAGACUGGAACCCCAGCACAGACACACAGGCACGAGAGCGAGCAUGGAGGAUUGGGCAGAAGCAGCAAGUGACUGUCUAUAGACUUUUGACUGCAGGAACCAUUGAGGAGAAAAUCUACCACAGGCAAAUCUUCAAGCAGUUUCUGACCAACCGUGUUCUGAAGGACCCCAAACAAAGACGCUUCUUCAAGUCUAACGACAUUUAUGAGCUCUUUACGCUAUCCAGCCCUGAUGGGAAGCAGGGGACGGAGACUAGUGCCAUAUUUGCAGGUACAGGCUCUGAUGUCCAGGCUCCCAAGAAACCAGAGAGGCCAAGGCCAUCACAUGAGUCAAACCAUUUCAGCCAUGCUCAUAAACACUCACCAGCCAGCCAGAAUGACACUCGCACAGAUGACAGCCAUUCCUCAACUAACAUUCCUGCAUCGGGAGAUGGGAAUGUCUCUACAUGCAGUUACAACUCCCUGGGUAAACCAAAUGUCCUGACAAACAGUCAGAACACCAAUCAAAAUGGGGUAGACGUGGAGCCAAAUAUUUCACCCAGUAAACAGCACUCAGGGGAGAAUCACAGAGACUUCAAUGUACCGACAGCCAAACACUCCAACUCACCCAGCUCUCACAGAGACAAAGCCUCUGCCCUGACUAGCCCUCAGAAACAAAGGGAAAAGAGGAAGCACUGUGACCCAGCUGACUCAGACAGACGAAAACAUAAGAAACACAAACACUCCCGGGAUGCUCGGUUUGAGGGCCACCGAAUCUCUCACUUGGUGAAGAAGAAGACUUAUCAGAAAGAGGAGAGUGAGGACGGGAAGGAGAAAGAAGACCAGAAGAAAUGUGACGAUUAUGUAUUGGCAAAACUCUUCAAGAAAUCUGGUAUCCACAGUGUGAUGCAACAUGAUACCAUCAUGGAGUCAUCCAACCCUGACUAUGUUCUGGUGGAGGUCGAAGCCAACAGGGUGGCUAAAGACGCCCUGAAAGCCCUGAAGGUGUCCCGCCAACAGUGCAGGCUGCCCUUCAAUAGACCCCCUCCACCACCUGCUAGGAAACGUUUUGGAUUAAAAAAGAAUCCUCUCCUGUCUGCACCCUCUGCUUCACCUGCCUCUACGUCAAACAAGUGCAAGGAUGCUCCCAUUAUAAAGAAGUCUGUUUCCAAGAAGCCUGGUUCAGGAGCUCAUUUCAGCGGGGAUGGAACAGAAGAAGGAGACUCUAGCUCUGUCCCACUUUCCUCCGCCGCUCUGCUGGCCAAGAUGAGAGCUCGCAAUCACAUCAGCUCGUCCUCCAGACAAACAGAUGAGGCAGAAGAAGAGGAUGAGGGCGGUGCUGAAGGAACCCGCAGCUCCCCGGCACCCCCCACCGAGCAUGACGAGCUGCUAGUGGACCUGAGGAACUUCAUAGCUUUCCAGGCCCACAUGGAUGGGCAGGCCAGCACCCAGGAAGUGCUGGAAUACUUCACGCCAAGACUGACCAAGGAGCAGGCCCCGGUCUUCAGAGAGCUGCUCAGGAGCAUCUGUGACUUCCAUAGGACCUCAGGACAGGAGGGCAUUUGGAGACUGAAAGAGAGCUACCGUUGAAUGGGCGAGUGAUAGAGGUUCGAAGAGAUUUCUGUAGACUAGGAAAAGUCUUUCUUACUGUUUCCAGCUGUCCUGACCUUAUAUAAAUCAACCUCCAACUGUU